AGCAAAAUUUAGUGAAGAUGGUGAGACACGGACACCUAGUCGAACGCUUCUAACGGUUUAAUGUCUAAAUUAAUAGUGAAUAAUAAUCAUUCAUACAGCGGUCAAUAUGUGAAUGAGGAUUCAUGAGUUUGCUGCUAGUAGGAAUAAGUGUGCGUCAAUUUGGAGAGCUGGACGAUAGUCGCGAAAAACGAAGGUACGGCAGGAUGGUUUGUUUAUGGAGAUCAGCUGUGUUACCAAACAUUCGUAUCGCUUUCGCUGCUGCGUCUACGACGCUUCUAUUUUCGGCGAAUAAAGAUGCUUGCGGAGCAACCAUCGAACGGUAGUUAAUUAAUCUUAAUGACAUGAAAGAAUGAAACGAGAAACUGUCAUUACUUGUGUAGAGCCAAACCGACGAGCAAAGACGAUGACAACGGUUUUGGAUGGCAGCUAUCAACGUAUGGAGCCAUAUGAAGGGGAGGAGGGAGAUGGAGAAGAUGACGAUGAGCACGAAGAAACACCUCAGGAGUCUGGUGUUAUGAUCCAUGUAGUACCAGAGGGGAAUAAAGCCAGAUGGAAUCACAUAGAAGAUUUGGAUUCUUUUUUUACAAGAAUGUACCAUUAUCACCAAAAGCAUGGAUUCGCCUGUAUGAUGUUGCAAGAAAUGCUUGAACUAGGACAGUUCAUUUUUGUAGUUACAUUUUCGACUUUUCUCUUUCAUUGCAUCGAUUAUUCCGUACUAUUUAAGGAUAAAGUAACUAACAGCACCUCGCACAAAACGUCGAUAAACGACGCCAUAUUGUCAACCAGCGAGUGUACAUCGUCUAUGAGUCUGGUCACAUGGAUUUGUAUUUUAGUAGCUGCAAUUUUUUGGAUUUUACGUUUAGUAAAAGUUUUAUACCAUUUCACGCAGUUUUGGGAUAUAAAGCAGUUUUUUAAUACAGCUCUCAAAAUCGAUGAUUGCGAUUUGGAUAACCUGACCUGGCAUGAAGUUCAAAAGCGAGUCAGAGAAGUGCAGAAAGAACAAGAAAUGUGUAUUCACAAAAGAGAGCUUACUGAAUUAGAUAUAUACCAUAGAAUAUUAAGGUUUAAAAAUUACAUGGUGGCUAUGAUAAAUAAAUCCUUGCUACCUGUGCGACUCAAAGUCCCUAUUAUAGGAGAAGUUAUUUUCAUGACAAGAGGAUUAAAGUACAAUAUGGAAUUGCUUCUAUUUUGGGGGCCGUGGUCUCCGUUUGAAAACAAUUGGCACCUUAAAGGAGAUUACAAAAAACUGAACAAAAGGCAGGAACUUGCAAAAACGCUAUCCAAACAUAUCUUGUGUGUAGGGAUAGCGAAUUUUCUACUUUGUCCAUUGAUUCUACUGUGGCAGAUACUCUAUUCUUUUUUCAAUUACGGAGAGAUCAUCAAACGAGAGCCAGGAACUUUGGGUUCGAGAAUGUGGUCUUUGUACGGUCGAUUGUAUCUUCGUCACUUCAAUGAACUUGAUCACGAAUUGAACGCGCGGCUCAAUCGUGCAUACCGUCCAGCUUCAAAGUACAUGAGUAUAUUUACAUCUCCAAUUAUGACUGUUAUCGCAAAGAACGUUGCUUUCGUGGCUGGAAGUAUAUUAGCAGUUUUAUUAAUAUUAACCGUAUACGAUGAAGACGUUCUAACGGUGGAACAUGUACUGACUACCAUGACCAUACUAGGUGCGAUGGUAGCAGGAGCGAGGGUAUUUAUACCCGAUGAAAAUUUAGUUUGGUGUCCAGAGACUCUUCUCACCGCUGUCCUAGCGCAUACACAUUACAGACCGGAUAGCUGGCGGGGCCAUGCUCACACUCAAACCACAAGAGCGCAGGUGGCACAGCUGUUUCAGUAUCGUGCAGUUCAUCUUUUAGAAGAAUUAAUUUCUCCCCUACUUACACCGUUCAUUUUGUGCUUCCACAUGAGGCAUCGAGCCAUAGAUAUCGUCGACUUUUAUCGAAACUUUACGAUCGAAGUCACAGGUGUGGGUGAUGUUUGUAGCUUUGCGCAAAUGGACGUACGAAAGCAUGGAAAUCCAAUGUGGCAAACGGUGACACAAAGCCCCAUCGAAGACUCCAGUGCGGGAUAUGACAAUCGGUAUGGCUUGGAGCCAGAGAAACUUCAAAUUCCAAAGUCGAAUCAGUACACGCAGGCGGAAGACGGAAAAACGGAAUUAUCCCUUAUACAUUUUACUUUAACGAAUCCUGAAUGGAAACCGCCAAGUCACGCCGAAAAUUUUGUAACAGCCUUAAGGGUCAGAGCUAAGAAAGAAGUACACUGUGUACACGGCGAGAUCAAUCCUCUCCUGUCAAGUUUAAAUAGUUUGUCUGGUCUGGGACCUAGCUAUAAUGACAUAGUUUCGAACAUUAUUCGAAGUACAAUGGUGAAUCAAGUAAGUAUACCGAGUGCGAGCAACGUAUUCGUGAACCAACCUGGUACUUCAGCCGCUUCGGUAGUGGUAGACGAAUCGUUGAGUAUGAAAUCGGACAUGUUAUCGCACGCGAUUCGACGCGGCUUGAGCAAAGCAGAGGGUCCAAUACACAAUGAAAAGGGAUUUCUUUAUGGAUUGCAACAAGGAAUAUCCAAUCAAUCUUUAGGCGCGUCCGUCUUUGGAUCGGGCCACGAAUUGUCUGCAGAGUUGACUGUACCUUUGGAAUUGACUGCUGCCGAUAUGUCUUUAUCUACAUUGUACCUGCAUGAACUUCAUCACAGACAAAUUAAAAGGAGGGGCAUUCAAGAAAUGGGAACGAGAAGUAUAUGGCAAAGAAGUCCUGUACAAGAACUUGCUACGCUUCCAGAAGUUAGGCAAGAGAGGGCACCCUUGCUGUUACAUCAAGAUUCCUCUAUAAGAAAUAGUAAAGAAUCGACAUACGACUUGAACACUCAUUGGGAUAGUAUCUGAAUAAUUCGUGCAGUGAUAUCAUCACCUUUAAGAGAAUAAAAUGUUUUUAUCCGCUUUACAAUGGCGACGACCUCGUGAUUUAUUUUAUUAUCAAGGGUAUAGCUUCAACGUUUAAGAAUCUGUGUUAUCGAUGUAAAUACAGUAUCGAAAUGUUGCGUGACUAAACUGGCGUAGUAAGGUCAACAAUUUCGAAAAAUGCCUACUCUAAUGUCGAAGGCCUAAAUACGAGUAUAUUUUAUGCGUAGGACGUCUACGAUUACGAGUAAAAAUUUCUCAGAAUAUUCAUUUCGGAAUGACAUUAGCAGUAGCAAUGUGGAAAAUACUUAUUGUAAAAAAUUGAAACUAAUCCUUCCUGCCUGAAAUUUACAACACAAAGUUGCCUUCCUUCGAAACGUUUAUUUCUGCGUUGCAAAAGGCAAACGAAUUGUGUAAAUUGUUUAGGGCACAAACGAAAAAAGGGAUAUUCUUGCGUUUAAUUGCAAAAUAUGAAUCUGUAUGUGGUAAUCUUACCUCUAGUUUCCAAUACCACGAUUCUCUAGUCAUAUGAAAUUAAUCGCGCGCCAUAGCAUAAACGACUAUUUAUUUGUUGAAUGUAGUUGCUCGAUAAACACGGUGGAUGAACGUUAACGGCUAAGGCACGCGAGAAAUCGCCUGUAUAUACGCGUAUUUCCAUAAUCUUAACACUGACACGGUGCAGCUAACAACCUCGAGAGAAAAUUUUAUUCUUGACAAACUUGCGGGUUGUACCGAGGAAUAAGUUAAGGACAAUUUAGCUCGUGUUAAUUCUUUGUUAUGGGCAACUUUCAUUGCGCAAUAACUCGUAUUAUUGCCGGCUUUUCAUCGGCAUUAAGCGACUACGAUUCAUACUUUAAUGACCUUUAAACAAAGUAACGCGUAACAAAAAUAAAUAAGAACCUAGUUUUUGCUAGGAAAAUCUUAUUAUCUCUAUGAAUCUAUAAAAGAACUAUUAUUAUUAAUGAUAAUAAUAAUAAUUAUUAUUAUUUAAGGGUUAUCUGUAAUUUAUCAUUAUGACAAAUAAAUACGUUUCAU